AUGACACAAUUGGCACAAGAUACUCUGGCUAAAAUCCCGGCCCGCGCCGCAGACGUGAUUGUGGUUGGCGCUGGUGUAAGUGGUCUCUACGCUGCCUACAAGCUCCAACAAUCUGGUAUUUCUUGCAUUGUCCUCGAAGCAUCUGGUCGUGUCGGCGGCCCAACGUCAACCAACAACCAUUACAAUAGCGAAAAGCACCCGCGCACGCAUGCUCUCGCCACAGAGUUUAGCCUACUCGACGAGUCGCGACCACGACAAGGCAAAACGGUCCUAGAGGGAUUUGAGCCUUUUGAGCAUCAUGAGCAGCCUGCUCUCGAUGCUAAAGACGCAGCCUCUCUGUGUCAAGUCCAACAGGGCAUUCUAGACACUCUUUCACGGCAAUCGAAUGUUUGCCACGCAGAAAUGACUGUCCAAGAGCUCGUUUCUUUAUACGGCGCAACUGGUACCGUGAAAAAGUUGGCCAACAUGUGGACGCGCACCGUCUUUGGCUUGUCUUCCCACAACGUCAGCGCAUCCCAAUUCUUGUCGCACUGUGCCUCGUGCGGCGGGCUGCUCACCCUCCUCGACAACAUCAACGGCUGCGGUGACGAUUUUGCCAUUUCCGAGUCCUCACAGCAAAUAGCGGCGGCGCUUGCCCAGCGUCUCAGCCCAGGCACUAUCCGAUUAGAACAAAAAGUCACCCAUGUUGAGCGAGCGAGAGGAACCACCUGCCGCAUCUACACCGAGACUGGCGACGUGUUUGUCGGUUCCAAGGUUGCGCUCGCUGGUUCUCUACCGAUGUGCGGUGCCCUUCAAAUAACCCCCUCAAUCGCAAUGGCGGCUGAAUGGGAGGCCAUGCGAGACGAGCAGGGAUUCAGCACCUCUGUCGACGUCGUCUUUGACCAUCCCUGGUGGCAGCAGCGUGGUUUGUCCGGCUACGCCCAGGGUCUCACCGGGCCUAUUUCGCAGGUUCGUCCGACCGAAAUUGAAAUGGAUGGUCUUUUACACUCCCUCUCCUGCCAGCUAUCCGGCGAGCAGGCCCGAGGCAUGUGGCUGUGGCUCAUGUCCGAGGAGGAGCGCGAGACGUUCAUCAUUCAACAUCUCGACACCAUUUUUGGCGGUGACAUGCCGCGCGCUGUGCAAAUUAUUGAAAAGGACGAGAAUCCCUUGGUCAGCGGCCAAAAGUCCUUGAACAUUGCUGCUGCGAAAAAGGCCGGCGUCGAUGGAGAUGAUGUGUGGGCGCGUCCGCAAGGCAAUAUUCACUUUGCUGGUGCGGACACAAGCAUCAUGUGGAAGGGACAUGUGGAGGGCGCACUGGAGGCUGGAGAAAGAGCAGCGGCCGAGAUUCUGGCUGUUUUGGACACUUUGAAUGCCGUUGAAUUUGCUCCACGCCUGUGA